GUGUACCUGUGUGAGGGGGGAUUAGCAGUUUGUGUAUAAAAGAGAUGCCAGGAUGACAUACGGAACAGAAACGUAAAGAGCAGAGAAGAAGUGGGACAGACACUCAGCACCAACUGAAAAACAACAAUGGCAGACACAGCAGUUGCAGCUCCCGCCAGGGCUCCCCCCAAGUUCAAGCAGAGGACUACUCGCACCUUCAAAAGCAAGGCCCCAAAACCCGGCCAGAAAGGAUUCGGAGACGACAUCCCCGGCAUGGAGGGUCUGGGCACAGACAUCACUGUGGUUUGCCCUUGGGAGGCCUUCGGUGACAUGGAGCUCAGUGACUUGGCCAAAUAUGGAAUCGUCUAGAAAGCUUCAUCCAACGUUAAUCAUGACGUUGUAUAGACUGAUGACACCUCUUCUCCACUUUUCCCCACCACCACUUGCCCCAAAUGACCUGAUGUCUUCCUUGUGUUAGGCAUAACAUGGGAUCUUGGGAAAACUCUCAAGUGCCCCAGUAGAGCCAAAACUGUUCAAAUAUGCUUUAACCGAGGACUACCAGGAAAAACACUUUGCACAUAAGAUCUACCAGGCCCUGCUGCCCAUCCUUACCUGCCUUUACCAGAACCUCACCCCUUCUUAUCAUACAGUCAUCUAUGGAAGAAAUAUAUUUUUAUGAACUAUGCAAGUGUCAACUUAGACACAGCCUCUUUCUUAGGAAUGAGAGUUACAGUUGAAUAGAACUGUCAAUAAACAAUAACCCCAAAUAACAA